AUGGGGAUCGAGGAUGUCUAUCACGAGAUUAGUCACCUUCAGGUAUUGCGUCGACCACCACCGCUGAAGUCUAACCCAGCGCGGAGAAACCAAAGCAAGUAUUGUAGGUUUCACGGUGAGAGUGGACACACGACAGCUGAAUGCUAUGACCUGAGGGACGAGGUCGAGAGAUUGAUCCGAGAGGGGAGGCUCAGUGAAUAUCGAGCCGACCAUCGGAACAACAACAAUCAGCGAAAUAACGACCGGCGGGAAGAUCAAAGGCAUGACAAUCCGUCCAAACCCGUCGGUGUUAUAAGAACAAUAUUCGGAGGGCCAUACCUCGGCAGCACCUCUCGCCGUGCGCAGAAGGAUUACGCAAGGGAGGUAAAAGACAAGUUCAACCGGAGGAUUAUGAACGUCUCCGGAAGAGAAGCCAAGGCCGCACGAUACAAGGAGGCCGCGAUCACAUUCUCGGAGGCCGAUGCAAACGAGGUGCAUUUCCCCCAAAGUGACGCCCUAGUUGUGGAGACCAUGAUUGGUAUUGGUAACCACAUGGCUUGCCACAUCCUGGUCGACAAUGGUAGUUCGGUGGACAUUUUGUACUCCGACUGCCUCGACAAGAUAGGGAUUUCCUGA